GGAGGAGCUCGGUAAGAAAGACGCUGCGCUCAGACAGCCGUGGAGAAGAAGACGACGACGUGAGCGAGACGCGUACCUGCAGCAGAGAUGGGGGGUCAGGUGUCAACCGAGGGUGUCCACGUGGUGGUGGUGGGCGGAGGAUUUGGUGGCAUCGCCGCAGCUCAAGACCUGAAGUAUCGAGGAUUCAGCUUCACUCUGAUCGACAUGAGAGACGCUUUCCAUCACAACCCGGGCGCUCUGCGAGCCGCCGUACAGCCAGACACAGACAGGCAGCUGGUGAUCCUGGAGGGAGGGAGGGAGGUCCAGUACUCCCACCUCAUCCUGUGCACCGGCACCGACGGGCCGUUCCCCGGGAAGUUCAACACGGUGGCGUCGCAUAAGGAGGCGGUCCAGAAGUACGAGGACUUCAUCAGAGAGGUUCGAUCCAGGUUUUACUGCUGUUUGUUAUUUAACCUUUUCAUUUACGACCAGGAGACGGCCGUAGUGACAGAUGCAGUGAUGCUGAACAACAGCAACCUCAGGAAGAAGGAACACGAGAAGCUGCAGGAGCACCAAGGGCUCAGAGAAGAGCUGCAGAAGAUAACGCUGACCCCGCUCUCUCCUCCGCGUCGAUCUGUCCAGGUGGUUCUGAUCCACUCCAAACUCGGGCUGGCUGACCCGGAGCUGCUGCCCAGCAUCAGACGCGAGGCCAAUCAGGUUCUCUUGGAGAAGGGGGUGGAGCUUGUGUUGGGACAGAAAGUGAGCAAGUUGUCGGAGCUGCCGCUGAACACGAUGACGAAGAACACGGAGGUGAUGACGGACCACGGCGAAACGCUGGUCACGGAUCUGAUCGUCUGCUGCACCGGGCUCAAGAUCAACUCUGCAGCCUACAGCGCCACCUUCAAUGACAGCAUGGCUGAAAACGGGGCCUUGAAGGUCAACGACCACUUGCAGGUCGACGGUUUCUCCAACAUCUUCGCCGUGGGUGACUGCGCCAAUGUCAACGAGCCCAAGACGGCGUACAACGCCGGCCUCCACGCCGCUGUCGCCGUGGCCAACAUUGCCAACAGUGUGAGCGGGAAGGAGCUGACUUCCUAUCAAACAGGUAACGUCACCAUGCUGCUGGCGAUGGGCCAUGACGACGGCGUGGGUCAAUACAACGGCUUCAGGCUGCCCCGCUGGUUCGUCGCCUGGGGAAAAAGUCGAGAUGUCCUGGUGUGGAAGAGCUGGAGGGAGAUGAAGCAGAAACAGCCCUGAGACUCUAACUCACACGCAUGCACACAUGCAUGCGCGUGUGCAUGCAUAUGUGCAUGCACACGUGCAUGCCAAUCAUUUAUAACUGGAAAGUGCAUUUUCUGAAGAAACUGCAGUGUGAAUGCUUGAAUCUGAAUGUAUGCACUGAAAUGAAUUAAUUGCUGAAUUUUAAGUUAAAAAAUUUGAAUGAGAUUAAAAAAACAGAAUUUAAUCUGAAAACAAAAGUGCUGAAGUGCUAAAAGCUGACAUCCACACAGAAGUUGGAAAAUAGCUGAAAAUGUUUUCAUUGUAAAUUAGAAAAACCUAAGAAAUGAGAAAAGAAAAUUUAGAGUCAGAAAACAUCUGAAUGAAUAUUAAAAGUUCAUAUUCUUUUACUCAUUCAGUGAUUCAAUGUGAUCCCUUCACUUGGAUCCACACAGUUUAAAAAGUUUACAUCUCUGAGCUUUGAAAGACACGGUGUUGGAAAGAGAAGAACGAUGGCUACGUUUUGAGGGUAAAAUGAUGGCUGUAGAGCAAACACUGUGGACACAGCAGCAGUUGAAAGAGAAGAUUUUAAGAUGAAUCUUGGCAGAGUGAGACAGAGCUCGUUAAGCAGGCAGGUGUGAGCCUGGUUGCUAUAGUGACUGCACCCAAUGGCUCCAUACACACGCACACAGACAUGCGCCUCACUUUUGCUGCUUAAAAUGAACAGAAAAGUCAGCCCGAAACAAAUCGUUCCCAAAUGAAAACUAGGAGUCGUAUUGACAAAAUUCUUUCAUUGUGAGCGGGAGCAAUGUCUAGUCUACUGAAUUCUCAGUUUUCAUGCCUGUGGAGUUUAUUAUAUGGACAUGGUGACAGUGUAAAGACAGCCUGUACUCCUGAUUUUCAAACGAACCUUCUGAGCCCUUUUAACAUUAGAGUCUGUGGAAGAGUUGGAGGGAGGAGGCUGUGCAUUGGUGACAUUUAUGAAAGAACCAUAACACCUAUUACUAUAAUAAACACAUUGGAUGAAAGAGGACAGCGGUGGCUACGUUUUGAGGGUAAAAUCAUACCUGUAGAGCAAACGCUGUGGACACCACAGCAGUUUAAAGAGAAGAUUUCAAGAUUAAUUUAUUUCCUCCUCUCACUCUAGCAGUUGAGCUGUCUCACUCUAGCGCCAACAUUUCGUCCCAUACACACCCAUUAUAAACUCUGAAAUGGCUGGAAAGGGUUAAAAAAGCAUGAAACUUAAACUGGAACUGAAGAAAAAGUAUAAUAGAUAUUGAAAAGAUAAAUACAAGUUGAAUAGUUGAAUGUCUUGGCUUCGUUUUAAAGUUUGAAUGGUGGCUCUAUGUCAAUAUAUGUGGAAGUAGUUAGAGUUGAAAAAUGAGUAAUUUUAAUGAAAAUUUGAAGAGUCUCCCAUUGAAAAACAUGGGAAAUUUUUGUUGAACAAAGUUUUUCUAAGUUAAACGGUUUUCAAGGAGACAGCAUUCAAGCAUUCACACUAAACAUCACAGAAACGUUUCUUCAGAUCUUUAUGACGCUGCGUGACUCGCUGUAAACUGGGCUCCAGUGGACCCGCCACAUAGUAACGCUCGUCCAGGAUCAACGUCACAACCAGCCAAUCAGGUUGUGAUGUCAUACGUAUGGUAUGUGGAGGUAAAAGAAAAAAAAUGCCUUUGUUUAUGUAAAACUAUUCUGGAACAAAUAUUAAACAUAUGAAAUAUUUUUUAUUAAUUUACACAAUAUGGUAAAUAUAUUAUCAAGCUAGGUUUGCUGCUAGCCAAAUUCAGUUAGCCCUGUGAUGUCUUUAAUAGCAUUAGCUUUACAUGCUGCCUGCAGGUUCAUCACCGCUGCUUUUUUAAACAUUAAAACUUUAUUAGCAUCAUAAUCCAGACAGCACAGUGACUGUAGCAGGGCCCUCAGCAGACACCCGAGGCCGUCUGGGACAUGUACUGUUUUUACACAUAUUUGCAAUAAACGAGUUGAAGAAA